GCGGGCGGGGCGGUGCGCGGGGCGCUGCUCGCCUUUUGUUCGGGCAGGAGCGGCGGGCGGCGGAGAGCGGCGGUGAGCGGGGCCGGGACACCGGGACACCGGGCACGGGCGGGGAGGGACGAGCAGCCAUGGAGGUGAUGAAUAUGAUGGAGCAGCCGAUCAAGGUGACGGAGUGGCAGCAGACCUACACCUACGACUCCGGAAUCCACUCCGGCGUCAACACACAGGUGCCCUCCGUCAGCAGCAAGUGCCUGGGGGAUGAUGACGAGGUGUAUGGGAAGCAGUACACCAUCAAGAAGACAACCACCACGAGUUACUGCCAGGGAGGGAGCCAGGCCCAGAGCCAAGCGCAAGCGGACAUGGAGGCUCAGCUGGCCAUGACCCGUGCCCAGCGUGUCCGGGCCGCCAUGUACCCCGAGACGGUGGAGGACCGCUCACUUCUCAUCACCACCCAGCUGGAGGGGCAGCAGACCAAUGUGCAGCGCCUGGCAGAGCCCUCCCAGAUGCUCAAGUCAGCCAUUGUGCACCUUAUCAACUACCAGGAUGACGCUGAGUUGGCCACACGUGCCAUCCCAGAGCUCACCAAGCUGCUCAACGAUGAGGACCCGGUGGUUGUCAGCAAGGCAGCCAUGAUCGUCAACCAGCUCUCCAAGAAGGAGGCGUCGCGCCGCGCGCUGAUGCAGUCGCCGCAGAUCGUGGCGGCCGUGGUCCGCACCAUGCAGAGCACCAGCGACCUGGACACCGCCCGCUGCACCACCAGCAUCCUGCACAACCUCUCGCACCACCGCGAGGGCCUGCUCUCCAUCUUCAAGUCUGGUGGCAUCCCGGCCCUCGUCAGGAUGCUGAGCUCACCUGUCGAGUCCGUUCUCUUCUACGCCAUCACCACCCUGCACAACCUGCUGCUGUACCAGGAGGGGGCCAAGAUGGCCGUGCGCUUGGCCGACGGGCUGCAGAAGAUGGUUCCUCUGCUGAACAAGAACAACCCCAAGUUCCUGGCCAUCACCACUGACUGCCUCCAGCUUCUGGCCUAUGGGAACCAGGAGAGCAAGCUGAUUAUUUUGGCCAAUGGAGGACCCCAGGCCCUGGUGCAGAUCAUGCGCAGCUACAACUACGAGAAGCUGCUCUGGACCACGAGCCGCGUGCUCAAGGUGCUGUCGGUGUGUCCCAGCAACAAACCUGCCAUCGUUGAGGCUGGUGGCAUGCAGGCACUGGGCAAACACCUGACCAGCUCCAGCCCCAGGUUGGUCCAGAACUGCCUGUGGACCCUGAGGAACCUUUCUGACGUGGCAACCAAACAGGAGGGCCUGGAUGGUGUCCUCAAGAUCCUGGUGAACCAGCUGAGCUCUGAUGAUGUGAAUGUGCUGACCUGUGCUACUGGCACCCUCUCCAACCUGACCUGCAACAACAGCAAGAACAAGACACUGGUGACGCAGUCAAACGGGGUGGAGGCCCUGAUCCACACCAUUCUGCGGGCGGGUGACAAGGAGGACAUCACCGAGCCGGCCGUCUGCGCCCUGCGGCACCUCACCAGCCGGCACCCCGAGGCCGAGAUGGCCCAGAACUCGGUGCGCCUCAACUACGGCAUCCCCGCCAUCGUCAAGCUCCUCAACCAGCCCAACCAGUGGCCACUGGUUAAGGCUACCAUAGGCCUGAUCCGCAACCUGGCCCUGUGUCCGGCCAACCACGCCCCGCUGCAGGAGGCCGCCGUCAUCCCCCGCCUGGUCCAGCUGCUGGUCAAGGCUCACCAGGACGCCCAGCGACACGCGGCCGCUGGCACACAGCAGCCCUACACGGAUGGAGUGAAGAUGGAAGAGAUUGUGGAGGGUUGCACGGGGGCACUGCACAUCCUGGCCCGGGACCCCAUGAACCGCAUGGAGAUCUUCCGCCUCAACACCAUCCCUCUCUUCGUGCAGCUCCUGUACUCGCCGGUGGAGAACAUCCAGCGCGUGGCAGCCGGUGUGCUGUGCGAGCUGGCCCAGGACAAGGAGGCAGCAGAUGCCAUCGAUGCCGAGGGGGCCUCGGCUCCGCUGAUGGAGCUGUUGCACUCCCGGAAUGAGGGGACAGCCACCUAUGCGGCCGCCGUGCUCUUCCGCAUCUCGGAGGACAAGAAUCCUGACUACAGGAAACGUGUCUCCGUGGAGCUCACCAACUCCCUCUUCAAGCAUGACCCGGCAGCCUGGGAAGCGGCUCAGAGCAUGAUCCCCAUCAAUGAGCCCUACUCAGAUGAGCUGGACCCUGGUUACCGCCCCAUGUACUCGGGUGACAUCCCCCUGGACCCCAUGGACAUGCACAUGGACAUGGACGGGGACUACCCCAUGGAUGCCUACAGCGACGGCGUCCGAGCGCCCUUCGCUGACCACAUGCUCGCCUAACCCGCCGCAGCCCCACACCAGGUGUUCUCUCCACGCAGAAGAGGGUGGCCCCAGAGCUGAGCAUUUGCGAGAAGGACUUGGGAGAUAGAAGUGCCUGAGAAGACAAAACUUUUCCAUUCCCACGAGAGGUUUUAUUUUUCGAUUUGUUUUCUUCGCUGUGGGUCUGUGGAGAAGGUCCUUCCUCCUGGGACUGCUUCGAGCACCUACUGCCACAUCCAGCAUCCAAGAUACUGUUUCUGAAGCUUUAAAACACAAACCUUGCACCGUUAGUGAUCUUUCAUUGGCAAAAUAGUCUUUUCUAUGAAUAUAUAUUUCUUUUUUAUUUUUAAUAUGGUGCCAACGGCUUUUGCCGUCUUUAAGUUUGUGCUUUCUAACUUCCUCAUGAUCUGUUUUGCGUGUUAGUGUUCUAGGAGAGGAAUCUGACAUGGAAAAACCCUUUGCUUCCUGCAAACUGCAACUGAAUCAGGCCAAUCCAGAGUUUGCUGAAAGCAAAGGGUCCAUGUCCCAGGGCCUUCGGGGUGUCUGAGGUUUAAUUCUUUCCCAUCAGCCGCUGGGAGCUGACUUUGUGUCCCUGUCCUGCCGGUCCCCAUAGAGGAGUGAUUCCAGCAUUAGGAACUGUGUCCUUGUACUGAUCUUUGUUGCACAUUUUAACCUGUUUCCCUUCUCUUUGGUGAGUGGUGUGUUUCGGUCCCCUCCUCCCUUAUCUAACGCAUUUUUUAAAAGAGGCUUUAGAUCUGAUGGUGGUUUAACACUCCGGCUGGAAAGGGAUGGACAGUUACUGGAGUGUGGGUCAGGAAUGGAAGAUUUUAUUAUUUCUGUAAGUUGUUUUUGUAUAGACCAAAGCAAAGAAUAAAAUAACCCCUGCA